AUGCUUACAUUUUUAAGCACCUUGAAACCAUGCAGAUUUUCGUCAAAACUCCCCAGAAGAACUAUUACUCUCGAAGUCGAGGCGUCCGACACUAUUGAAAAUGUCAAGGCCAAGAUUCAAGACAAGGAAGGGAUUCCACCUGAUCAGCAACGUCUAAUUUUCGCAGGAAAACAAUUGGAAGAUGGUCGCACACUUUCCGACUACAAUAUCCAGAAGGAAUCCACCCUCCACUUGGUUCUCCGACUCCGUGGUGGAAUGCAGAUUUUCGUGAAGACCCUUACUGGAAGACCUAUCCUCGAAGUUGAGGCCUCUGACACCAUUGAAAACGUGAAGGCCAAGAUUCAGGACAAGGAAGGAAUCCCCCCAGAUCAGCAGCGACUGAUCUUUGCUGGCAAACAACUCGAAGAUGGACGCACUUUGUCCGAUUACAACAUCCAGAAAGAGUCCACUCUCCACCUGGUUCUCCCCGACUUCGCUUCUGACACAAUCGAAAACGUGAAAGCAAAGAUUCAGGACAAGGAAGGAAUUCCUCCAGAUCAGCAGCGAUUGAUCUUUGCCGGAAAACAAUUGGAAGAUGGUCGCACACUCUCCGACUACAAUAUCCAGAAGGAGUCCACCCUUCAUCUCGUUCUGCGACUUCGCGGUGGAAUGCAGAUCUUCGUGAAGACUCUCACUGGAAAGACCAUCACCCUAGAGGUUGAGGCAUCUGACACUAUCGAAAACGUGAAAGCCAAGAUUCAGGACAAGGAGGGAAUUCCUCCAGAUCAGCAGCGAUUGAUUUUUGCCGGAAAACAACUCGAAGAUGGUCGCACAUUGUCUGAUUACAACAUCCAAAAGGAGUCCACCCUUCAUCUCGUUCUCCGACUUCGCGGUGGAAUGCAGAUCUUCGUCAAGACCCUUACUGGAAAGACCAUCACCCUCGAAGUUGAGGCUUCUGACACCAUUGAAAACGUGAAAGCCAAGAUUCAGGACAAGGAGGGAAUUCCUCCAGACCAGCAGCGAUUGAUUUUUGCUGGCAAGCAACUUGAAGAUGGACGCACACUAUCUGAUUACAACAUCCAGAAAGAGUCCACACUUCAUUUGGUUCUCCGACUUCGCGGUGGAAUGCAGAUCUUCGUCAAGACCCUUACCGGAAAGACCAUCACCCUCGAAGUUGAGGCUUCUGACACCAUUGAAAACGUGAAGGCCAAGAUUCCAGGACAAGGAAGGAAUUCCUCCAGACCAGCAGCGACUGAUCUUUGCUGGUAG